AUGAGUAGUCCUUAGGAUAGAGAAAAUCUAAUAUCAAAUGCCAUUUUAGUGAGAAAAAAGGAUAUUCAUAAGUAUCUCAGUUAAAAUAAUUAUUAUUUAUAAGAUCAUCUUAAACCGAUUUAUGAAGAAUUUGCAAAAUCAUUAAAAGAUAUAGAUGUAAAUAGCCAUGAGUUUAUCUUAAAAAAUAGAAUCUUUCUUAAUACAAUCAACAUUCAAAAUCUUGAGUAGCUUAUCGAUUCUUACUAUUAAGAAGAUUUAGAUAAAAUUAAAUAAAGCGAAUUAGAAAUAAUCAAUAUGCUUUCACUAUGGAUGCCUGACAUUACUUUCAACGAAAUUAUACCUAUAGAUAAUCAAAAAGGAUAGUUGAAAAGAGUUGUUAUUUAGUGCACAUCGAUUUGCAAAAAUGUGAAAAUAAAGUUUUACAUGAAAAUAACUGUCAAAAAUAUAUAAAAUAUAGGAGAUAUGGUAUAAGAAAAGGAACAUUUUAAUUAAAUUUGCUCUUAUUCAGCAAGAUUUUUAAGUAUGAAGUAUCAAAAGGUAAUUAGUGAACAUUUGAUUAUUUCAGCUUCUUCAGUUGGUAUUUCUAAAAAUUUGUAAAGAGGAAUAUCAAAUAGAGAAGAUGUUUAAAAUAAACACUAUUUGGAUAUUGUUCUUACUGAUUUUUGUGAGUAUACUUUAAGAUAGAUCAUUUACUAUUCAAAGCAGGCAUCAAAAUAACAAGAGUAAAAAUAGGAGUUAAUGAGAUAAAAAGUUAGCACAACCUCUACCUAUUAUGGAACAGCAAGCUUGCAGCAGAUAUAAAAUUCGUUGAGCUAGACUUAAACAUUGAUAGAAAAAUUUUCAUUUUAGCAUCUUUAGAAGGAUCUAAUUGAAGCUUUGUUCUUUAUGCACACAAGAGGAUAUACGCAUAACUCUAUAAAUUUAGAUAAUAUUUUUUAUGAUAAGUAUAUAAAUGCAUUUGUGGUUGGUGGCUUUGACGCAAUCAGUACAAAUGUGAGGGAUUAUGAUAAAUUUCGUGAUGAUGUUCGCUAGUUUGGUUUAGUACUUAUUGAAUUUUUGUUGUCAUUUUAUAAUAUAAAAAUUUAAGAGGAUUUAUACACAUUAGAUGAUAUCAUGAUAAGAAACUUGAUUGAAAAUCUUAGCUCAAAUAAAAUAAUUUAAUCAAAAAAAAAUUUUAUUUUACUAAAUUUAAACAUAUUUUAAUAAAGAAAUAUAUUGUUUGACAUAUUUUGUGCUAGUGAUAAAACUAAUUAUUCAAAAAAUUCAAAUGAUAUGUAAUUAAUUGCAGAUAAUUAAAACAAGUUAAAAUAUUCGGACUAAGAUGAUAUUUCUAAUUUAGCUGACAGGCCAUUUGAUAUUGUUGAAUUGGCUAUAGCUUUGAAUAUUCAACACUGCUUAGUCACUUCAUCUCAUUCAACUAUGAAAAGUUUUCUUACUUAGAAUGAUGUUUUUGAUGAAAAAAGUUUAGCUUCCCAUCUUAUAGAUCCACUUAAUAACAAAUAUUCUUAUUGGAAAUAUAGAGGUACUACAAAAAACGGAUUAUUUGAUGGCCUAGGUGAAAUUUUUUUUGAACCUCCUUAGCUUUUUGACUAGUUAGAUGAAGUUCUUUAUUCUGACUGUGAAGAUGAUUUGGCUACAUCUAAGAAAUAAUAAUCAUUAACUUCACCACCUGUAAUUUUUAAUUAGGUACCCUAUAAAUUUUAAACACAAAAUUCUUUCUAUGAGGAUUCAAAUUGCCCUGAAUUAGAAAGUCAUAGAUUAAACUAAUUAACCACUCCACACACUGUGAGUAGGACAGCUAGUAAAGCUGGAAUGCAUUAUUUCAAUGUUUCAAAUUGCCAAGGUUUUCAUGAUAGACUAUCUGUGGUAAGAAAUGAAGAAUCAAAUUAUUUUCACUCAGACUUAAAACAAUAAAAAAUAUCACUUAAAAUAUUUAAAGGAAUUUGGGAAAACGGAUUUAAUUAAAAGUAUUUAAACUAUGUUACAACUGAAUAGUUUAAAGAUUUUUUCUUAUUAAAUAACUAUUUGAAAAUAAUUUAGCACAAUAGUCAUUAAGAGCUAUAAUUUAGCGUAAAAUCUGAAAAGCCUACAAAAGCUAUUGCUUCAAGUAAAAUCAUAGAUCUCCAAUUUUCUACAUAAAAAGAGCAAGUAAUAGAUUCACUAAAUGUUAUUACAAAAUACCUCCAAAUUCCUAUAGCAAGAAUAACAUUUGACCUGAAAGGUGCAUAAUAGAGAAAAGUAACAAAUGAAGCAUAAUGCAUAGAAUUACAAUGCGAUGAUGGAAAUACUCUUUAUAUUUUAUUUGAGAGUAAUUAUUUGUUAAAAGAGGAAGAGUUCUAUAUUAUUUUGGAAAAAGCUACUUUAUCUAACUAUUUAGCUUUGUAAAUGUCAGACACAAAGAUAACAGAUAAAUUUUUUUAUGGAAUGUCAUUUAAUACAAAACUUAAGUAUUUAUGCCACCUUUAACUAGCAUACAUAAAUAAAAUUACUGACGAAGGAUUUAUUUAUUUUGUUAAAAAUUGUCCUUCAUAACAUUUGAAUUCUUUAGAUAUCUCUCAUACUUAGCUCUCUAACAUAUCUAUCAUGGAACUUGCAACAUCAAAUAAAAUUACUUAACUGAACCACUUGAAUAUCUCAUAUAAUUCUUUAAUAAAUGAAAAAUCAGUUAUUGAAUUUAUUAAAUCUUCAAACUCUCUUUUUAUUUCUCAUUUGAAUGUUUCUGGGCUUGACAUAUCAGAUAAUUUAGUUGAUAUUCUCUGCUUAAGUCCAUUCAUGAAGAAUAUAACGGAAAUUAUUAUGAAUGACUGUCCUAACAUAACAUUUAGGAUUUUCGAAGUAUUUUCUAAAAGUGAAUCAGUGAAUUAUAUCAAAAGGAUAGAGCUUUCUAAUUGUUUACAGCACUCAAAUAUAACUGCUGCAAAAAAGACUGGAUUUCUAAAUGGCCUUCUUGACAAGAGAAAGAGUAAGUAAGAAUUCAAAUCGUUUGCCAAGACAGAUAAAUUAGGGAAUUUGAGAGUGAUAAAUUUAUAAGGUUGUAAUAUCUUGCACAACCAUAUAAAAUAAUUAGCUGAUUCUCAUUCUUUGAAAUAAGUUGAAGAAAUCAAUGUUUCUAGGUGUGAUCAUAUGACUGAUGAGUGUAUAAAAGAAAUAUCUACCUCUCAGAAUUUCUAAAAUUUGAAAGCAUUAUAUCUAAGCAACUUGAAAAAUUUAACUGCUGUUUCUAUCGAGCUAAUAGGUAAUUCUAAGUAUCUAAUUAAUUUAGAUACUAUUUAUUUAGAUGGAUGUGACAAGAUAGAUAAAAACAUUUUAAUAAAUGCCAUGAACUUGAACAAUUUUUAGAAUUUAAAAGUUCUUCGAUUCGAUGAGACUUAAUAUUCAAUUUCAUUAAUUCGAUAAAUAAAUUUCUCAAAUAAAAAUAGCGUCCAAACAUUCUGGAGAAUGUAAAGUAUAGAAAUUUUAAUUUAAAACCCAGAUCUAUUUUUUAAGCUCUACAUAUCCGAAAUCUUAACUCUAAAUUAAAAACCAAUAAGGUUCAUAGUUUCUAAACAAAAUGAGCCUAGUGUCAUUUAAAAGCUAGCAUUGAUUUUGAACCACUAGAUAAUAAAUUUUUAGGAAUCAAGUUGUCGGAUUAACGUAAAUGAUAUAAUGCUAAAUGAAAAAAUGAUUGACGAAAUUAAGAGGUAAAAAAAUUAAAACAUAAAUAGUUUCUGCUACACAGACAUUUGCACUUUAGGAAAUUACAAAGCAGUUCAAAGAACUAUCUAAACAGACAAUGUAAAAAAGGAGAAUGUUUCUCUUGAUCAGUCAUUUGUUGUUAUAGAUGGGUUUGAAACAAAAUCACAACCAUAAAGUACAAAAUAAAUUAUAAACCUUCCUCAUUCUUUCUACGAAUAAAAAGUUUAUUGCAGAAACGAAUGCUUUAAAGCUAUGCACUAUUUAAAAUUUGUCAAAGAACUUUCCAAGUUAGAUCUAUCUUACAGCAAAUCUAUAAAUCUCCCUGGCUAUCAAUUUAUUAAGGAAUGUGUAUUCUUUCCAAAUCUUAUCGAAUUAAAUUUGCAAGGUCUUUAAAUAUUGAAUAAGCAUGUCUAAUAAAUGUGUUAUGGAAUUUAGUUCACAGGUCUUCGUAUUUUGAACCUUAGAAACUGCUCAAGCCUAACAUUUUAAGGUUUUGAAUAUUUUUUACAAUCAGGGAUUACUGACACUCUUCAGUAUUUAGACAUUUACAAUAGCUAAAUUGAAGGAACUGAUUUCUCUUUAUGCUUGCCUGAUUUUGCUUUUCUUAGCUAACUUAACCAAGGAUAAAUAAAUAUAACUUUAAAUAAAUAAGAUAUCCACGAUGAAGAGAAGGUAAAGAAGAAGAUAGGUUUACUUUUUGCCAAAAUAAGGAGUCUCUUUUAUAUAAAUUAAAUUUCAUUUCAAGUUUAUAAGCUAAAAAUAACUAGCUAAGUGUUCUCAGGUCUUUCUAGCAUCUUUUAAGACCAUCAAAACACACUAAGAAGUGUGUAGGUUAUAUUUUGCAACGCUAAGAACAUGAAUUCUGAAUAAAGUAUUAGUUUUUGGAGUAGCAUAGCUCAACUUUCAAAGCUGAAGAGUAUAAGCUUGGUAUUUUAAUCUUGUAAAAAUAUUGAUAAGCAAUUUCUAAAAAAUUUAUUCUUUGGUGUAUCUGUGCUGAUUUAAUUAGAAGAAAUGCACUUAGUUUUCCCUAAGACCGAAUUUAUUAUUAAUAAUGAAGAUUUUACACCAGUGUGUGUUGCAAUGACAAGAUUAUAGAAACUUUAAAUUUUAGACAUAAACUUGCAUGAAAUUCCUUUGGUCAACAAUUAGUUUUUGGAGGAGUUAGUUUAUAUAGUAGGAAAUCUAGAAAACAUUAGAAGUUUAUCAAUUGAUUAUUCAUGGAUUAUAAAUUUCUAAAUGUCUAAUAUAUUGAAGUUGUUUGAAUCACUUGAAGCAUCAAAAAUGAAGCUUUUAACACUAAACUUAGAUUUUGAAAUGUGCACUUUUAAUCAAGCAAUAUGGAAAAAGAUGAAAAAGUAUAUUCUUUCUCAAAGCACACUGAUAGAGCUUAAUCUUAACAUUUCAUAUUGUGUUGAACUAAAAGAAAAAUCUAUUGUAAAAUUUAUAAACCAGUGUCUGGAGCUAAAAAUGUUGAAAGUGUUAAAGCUUUUAAUGUGGGGAGUAGGAAAAAUAACUCAGAAAAGUAAAGAUAUUUUAAAGUAAAACACCAACAUAUACUUAAUAGAUACAUUCGAUUUAUCUAUCUAAGAAAUUUAAUGA